AUGAAGAACCUCCUCAUCUUCACCCUCUUCCCCAUUUCAGGUUUAUCUGUCGUCUUCAUCUUCAUCAUCAUCAUCAUCACUGUCUUCGUAAUUCUUCUUCUGAUUGGUGGAUUUUCCACAUUCUUCUACAUACUGAGACGCAACAGAGCGCUAAACUCCACAUUGACCAGCCAAAACCAAGGAACAAACAACACGGAUGAUUAUGAAAACGAUCCACCUCGAACCAACAUCAGAAUGGGUCCAGUCUACCACAACCUAAACCCCAACACCAACCAGCCCGAUCCACUCUACCAGAGUCUGAACCACAACACCAACCAAUCAGAUUCAGUCUACCAGAGUCUAAACCCCAACGCCAACCAAUUAGAUUCAGGCUACCAGAGAGAAAGACCACCAGUUAAACCAACCACCACUAAAAUACCAACAGCAGAAACGUCCAGGAGAUCUUCAACACCGACACCAGCUCCCACCACCUCUCAGGAACCACGUUCAGGAGGAAAAACACCACCAGUAAUACCAACCACCACUAAAAUACCAACAGCAGAAACAUCCAGGAGAUCUUCAACACCGACACCAGCUCCCACCACCUCUCAGGAACCACGUUCAGGUUUAUCUGUCGUCUUCAUUCUUAUCAUCAUCAUCACUGUCUGUGUGACGCUUCUGCUGAUUGGAGGAUUUUCCACAUUCUUCUACAUACUGGGACGCAACAGAGCGCUAAACUCCGCCCCGACCAGCCGACAGCAAGGAAUAAACAACAUGGCUGAUUAUGAAAAUGAUCCACCAAGAAACCGGAACAUCAACAUGGGUCCAAUCUACCACAACUUGAACCCCAACAUCAACCAAUCAGAUCAUGUCUACCAAAGCCUGAACCCCAACACCAACCAAUCAGAUUCAGUCUACCAGACCCUAAACCCCAACACCAACCAAUCAGAUCAUGUCUACCAGAGCCUGAACCCCAACACCAACCAAUCAGAUUCAGUCUACCAGACCCUAAACCCCAACACCAACCAAUCAGAUUCAGUCUGUCAGACUGGUGGUCAUAGAUUCAAUACAUUCCAUCACAUGGUCCUCAAUCUGAUGGAAAUGUAAAUGGUUUGAUACUAAAAUACAUGAAUUACAUAGUAUUUACUGGGUAAACUGUAUAUCCAGGAUGAAAAUUCACUCUGCUUCUGUGGUCUGAGACAUGAUUGGUCUGGAAAAAUGGGCGCGGGUCUACCAAAUAUCUGCCUCUGGUCUUCAUUGCACAGAUUUAUAUUCAUCUUUUUACUG